AUGAUGCACCACGCGCACGGCUCGCCGUGGGUCGCCAUCUCCGCUAAGCGUCCGGGCCUCUGGCACCCCGCCGACACCGCCAUGCCGCCUGCCAAGGCCGCCAGCCCUGGCGCCCGGUCGCUGUUACUGUCGCGCGCGCGCUGGCGGUGGCGGUGGCGGUGGGUGGGCGAGCGGUGGGCGUGUGGGGCGAUGGCGGCGGUGCAGAUGGGCGUCGCUCUGCUGCUGCUGGCCGUCGCCGCCUCCUCACUGCUCCUCCUCGGCUGCAUCCGCCUCCCCAACCGCCAGGCGGGGUGGAGUGUGGAGCUGCCGCAUGAGCCGCACGACCCCAGCGCCAACUGCUCCUCCGCCAACCCCACUGUCGUCGUCAAGACGAACCUAUGGUACUCGGACCGGGCGUUCCACGUACCACCAGUGUUCCCGCUGUGCACCAUGGACGCCUGCUUCAACUUCUCGCGCUGCCCCUCGCCGCCUGCCCGCGAGCCCCUCGUGUACUCCUACUGGCCCGGGCCCAAGUACUUUGCCAGAUUCAACACCACCAGGUGGCACACGGACGACCCGGGCAAGGCGUGCUUCUUCUUCGUCUUCAUGUCCGCGGGGCAUCCCCGCCACUUCAAGGACCUGCCCUUCUGGGGCGAGGACGGCCAGAACCACGUGCUGAUAAGCUUUGCGGACAACUGGAGUGGCCCACCGGCGUGGAGUGUGGGCAAAGCAAAGCUGAUGCUCACAGCCGCGCACCUCACAGUGCACCGCGCGCUCUUCGACGUCUCCCUGCCGCUGCCGCCCACCUGGAAGCGCCACGCCGCCGACCUGCGGCCGGUGCCGGUGGGUGGGCGGCGGUACCUGCUGACGUUCAUGGGCACGCGCUACCUGGGCUCCAUGCACGGCAGCUUCCGCAGCUCGGCGGAGUUCAAGGCGCUGCACAACGGCCACGACAUCAUCGUUGUCACCCAGUGCGGAGGGUCCACGAACAGGAGGAUAAUCGAGGAGGACCCGUCGCUGCUGCCGGAGUGCACGGCGGAUUUGGCGUUGUUCCGCACCUACUCGUACCCCGCCCUCAUGAACUCCUCCUUCGCCCUCGUCCCCGCCGGCCGCCAGGCCUCCACCUACCGCUUCAUUGAGGCGCUGACAGCUGGCGCGAUACCAGUGGUGGUGGCGGACAACUGGAAGCUACCGUUUGACGACAUCAUCCCGUGGCACCGCUGCCUGCUGCUCUUCCCCACCCACCUGCUCUCGCGCAUCCCACCCACCCUGCGCGCCAUCACCCCGCAAGCAGCGGAGAAGCGGCGGCAGCGGUGUGUGUCAAUAUUUGAGGAGUUUUUAGCAUCAGACGAUAUCCUCAUGCGUUCAGCCAUGACUGCCCUCAAAUCACAUGCCGGGGGGAUUUUCCCGCUGUAA